UUUUCUUCAGAGUGAACCUAGUAUUACAAGUCAGAUGUAAUGUAUAUAGAUAUCCCCCUCCACAAUGUUUUUCUGUGUUAAAUUUAACUAGCACAGUUUAUGCACUAGCGAUUACUUUGUUUCUCAAGGAGCAAUAUAAACAGUUUUGAACGUGUGUUGUGUUUAUUUUCCAAACAAAAUACUACAUAAGAAUGAUCGACUGAUUACGUCGAAACUUCUAUACAAUAUGGAUGUGUUUGUUUAUAAUAAAUCAUGCCAUAAUGCUUCUUUUGAGAUUUCAAAGAAAACCAUGAAUUCUCAAUUAUUCUCGCAAAACUCAUGUAACUGAGGAUAUACAUGUGUAUAAUUUAGAAUUAGUUUUGACUGUUGUUCAUAUAAUUCAUCCGUGUUAGUUAGGUUGGUCAAAGGGAGUAAACUCGAAAAUGGCAAUAUUAAGAUAUUUAACAAAUGGGUCAAAGACGCUUGACGCUUGACACACUUCAUCGAAUAUUCAAUACUCAAGCGAGUUAAAUCAAACUUCGAGGCGGUAGUGGGAGUAAUUGAAUGUAAAUGCGCGGAUAUAAAUAAGUUUAAAUAUGUCUGCAAUGGACAAAGGUAUUCCAAGCUGGGUAUACAAGUGGUUGGUGAUUGUGAUGGUCAUUGGCUUCUAUGACGGUCUGUUCUGUGUUCUGCGGCCGUACUCGCUUCCAGGGGGAUGUCUAGAGAUGAUCUUCUAUGGACAUAAAUAUUACAUUCAAUGGGAUACGCAUUAUGCAGACACUUCAGACUCCUUCAUUUGGACGCAAGGAUUGGGGAACAUCAUAGAAGCAUUGAUCAUCCUUGGUAUCCUUCUCAACCAGAUCAAGACUAUUCGACUGCAAAAGAUGUUGAUCAUAGUGGUCAGUGUAAUGACCGCUUGGAAGACAGUCAUGUUCAUGAUCUAUUCUCUUGAUAUUGGACUUGGGGGUCAUUCAUUUGACCUGGUUGCGGAAAUUGUUGUGUUUGUACCUGCACUGCCGUGGCUUUUCGUUCCUACCUAUAUUGCAUGGCUUCUUACAAAUGAUUUUUUGCCACAGUCGAGCAAGAAAUAUCUUAAUGACACUGUUUCGUCAAGGAACGAUUUGGACUCACCGGAUGCCUCUUUAAGACGGCGACAUUACAACCUCAGAAACUCAAAGAAAUAACACUUGCAAGUUCAUGACUGCAUAUCAAAGCAAAUACGUUGAAUAAUAUUUUCAAAUGGCAUAUUCUCAAGGCAGCUACGCUUUCAUCCACUUUUCAGCCAUAACAUCAAAACGUCCGAAAUCGCUUACGUGCAUGUGAUCCUAUAAUUAUGGAAAUGUAAGAUGAAUGUGUAUGUGUGUACGUUAUUGUAUUUUUUAUGUUCCUUUUUACAUAUACAAUAAAAUA